CCUUCCACGCGCUUUAGAAGGAUGCACGAGACCCCCUCCGAUCACACUUUGUGUUUGUGAUGCUGUACUGUAGAUGGAGAUACAAGACUGACAACAAGUUAAAGAUCCAGGGAUUCACUUUUUGUUUUGAAGCGCAACCUGGACACGUUUUGGAUACGCCAAAGUGGACGAAGAGUUUGUUUUGGAGAUGCGCUUUAAAGUGGUGCUUAUUUUCUAAUUCAGCACAAGACCAAAGGCAGCAUCCACUGAAGCCAUCAUCAUGCGUGGAUACACCUGGACUUCGAAUCAGCAACCUCAACCUUACCAAGAACCACCCCCACCUUAUCACGCCAGCAGAAAUUUCCAACACAAUACACGACAAGCACACUUCAACCCCCAACAAUACCCCACAGGGCAGGCACGGCAUCACAGUGGACAUCAAGAGGUUGUAAAUAACUGGAAUUCCCCUACAAGCAAUCCAGAUGGCUUUGCUCAAGGUUUUCAACGAAAUUUCGGUUGGUAUGAUGGACAGCAAAACCAAACAUUUUCUCAACAACCAUUCACGGGCCAACAUCAACACUUCAGGUCUUCAAAUUUUGUUGCACGCAACACAGACGGGUUUGUGUCUGACAACCCUAAUGGGGAUAGGUACAAUGGCAGAUACAACAUGCAAGCGUGUUCAAAUGCAUAUUUUCCCACCCAGCAAAACUACAGACAAACAGGACCACCGAAUGUUAAUGUUGCUCAUAUGUAUUGUGCUCAAUAUUCAGACCAGGGAAACUCCAGAACUAUGGCUAAUGAUAACAGGGACUGGAGUUCAAAUAUGUCUGACAAUUGCAGGUCUUACCAACAACCUCAGCGUAGACAAGCUCACUUCUAUCCUCAACAGUCGGGUCAACAGCAGACACCUAGACGUCCCUCAACACCUAAACAUUGGGCCAAAGACAAGGCCGUGACCAAAAAACAUAACAAAAGUCAAGCUGGACUUAAAAGAAAUACUUCUCCACCUUCAAAGAACCUUAAAAAGAGUCGGACAGAACUGAGGUCUAAUGCAACUCAGAAUGUACCGGCAGCUCCAUCUCCGAAGAAUCAAAGCAGCCCUGAGCCUUCGACUCCAGACACACAAGGUAAAUCAUGUGAUGUUAAUCAAAACUCUCAUAUACACCAAACAUCUGCAUAUGAUACCCAAUUUAACCCCACCUCCAGACAUGAUUUCAACUUGAUAUCUUAUAUUAACUCACAACUGUAUCGACUUCUGUGUUCAAAUGAAGGUACGCAAGAUAACGAAUCAGCGCCAAAUAAGCAGCCAUCAGAUGUCGGAGUUAAAAACACCAGUCCGGAACAAUCGGAGGCCGGUGAUGCCAGCGUGACUGACGACUCCCCGCAAUCAAGGCAACUUUCUUCUGAGCCUAAUCUACAGUCUGUAGUUGAACCUGUAGUUGAACCCCUCAGUAAACGAAAGAAAUACGAAUUUACUCAGACGAACUAUUGGAACAAGUUCCCAUCCAAAAACUCAAGCGUGUCUAAGGACGGCAGGUUGCAGUCUGCCUUACCUGGCACCUAUCAGAUAGGCACAACCGAACAAAACAGCAGUGGGCAAAGUGAGAUUCAAUACAUUUCUGACCCCGCCCAAUGUCUUGAAGCUGUAUUUGCCCUAACGAAAGCCUAUCAGCAAAAAGCCGUAGCGGUCGUCCCUCCUAUUUCCCAGCAGACUUUAAACACAGAAAAGAUGGAUGAUGUGUGCAAAAGGGUUGUUGACAGUCCCCCUUUAAAGAUUGAUGCUGUCUGGUCACUUUCUGAAGAGUGUGAUAAAUCAAAAGAUCCUUUCAUAAAUGCAGAUGACAAGCUGCCACAAGAAUCCUCACCAGAGGUUCAGCAGGAUGGCAGAAUCAGUCCUGAAAGUAAGACCACUAACAACAUUGCAGAUCCAAGCGUGACUCAAAGUUUAGAGACUGAUGCAUGUCAAAAUGACAUGCAACAAAGUGACUGUGAUUCGAGUGAAACCGAAAUUGAAUUGUCCAAUGUGCCAGUGGUUGAAUACACAUUGGAGGAAUUGAAGAGGUUAGUAAAGUCUAUGGAGAUGACAGAGUCAUUUGCUGAACGUACAGAGAAACCAGAGGGAUCGGUUUUCGAUCAGAUCUUGGACAAGUACUGGAAUGGGGACGUUUGCUCUCUUUUAAAGUAUAUACGCACAAACGUAUUCGAUGAUGCCAGACACUUCCUGCAAGUACAAAGUGUUGAAGAUGAUAAAUCUGUGGUAUUUAAAAGCAUCACACCUGAAAACAUUAAAAAAGUGUCUCGCUUUGUAGUUGUCAACAAUGAGACGUGUUCAUCACCCCAGGAGUUUAGGUCUUCUUGGUUAAAUGUUGAUGCUCAGCCAGAUAUCGAGAAAGUCCUUUCAGAACCGCUCUCCGAUUACAUCACUCUCUCCAAAUGGGCACCUGAUAACAUUUGUCUUUAUGCAGACAAAUUAGGUGAGAAAGACCUUGAGGUUACAUCAUUCGAUGCAGAUGAGCAAAGUGUAAGGCCAGACACUGGAAGUUUUGCAGAAAUUGUCACACCUUCUGCAGGAAAUUGCAGGAUGGAAAUGGCCAGUGAAGACAAAGGGCAUUCAAAUGCAAAAAUUUGUGGAGUCGCAUUUCCUCGCAAUGUUCCCAGUGAACAAGAAACAUUUGAGAAGCGAGGUGAUAACAUGCAAAAUCGCAAGCAUCUACACCCAAAGCCUUUGGCAAACAUUUCACCCAUAGCGGACGUGUGUUUAGAACGGAGACAUGAUAGCACAAAAGAAACUUUAAGCCAAGAACAUAUAAGAGACAAACAAGAGCAAGUCUUAGCAUCUGCUCCGCUCAUUGAGCAACAAGUGAAUUUGGGCUCUGAACAACCACAUCUGCUUCCCGUGUGCCCUGGAGAUAAACCAUUGACAUUUGUCAACGCUGUUUCAGAUUGUGUGAAAACCACAGAAGACCAAAGUAACUCAAUAGACACAUGGCAGGUACAAGAUAUUUCAGAUGAUGACAGUUCAGGCAAAAUGGAGGUCCUUACAAACUCCACAGAUGCAAUGCAAGUAGAAAAUGUUUCUAAAGAUGAGAAUCUAUGCAAUAUGGAGACUCUUGCUAACCCCAAAGAUACAAUGCAGACAGAAAGUAUUGCUGAAGAUGAGAAUUUAGGAAAUAUGGAAGUCAUUACUAACUCCACAGACAUAUGGCAGGUAGAAGAUAUUUCAGAUGAUGAUAAUUCAGGCAAUAUUGAGGCCAUUGCCGACUCCACAGAUGCAAUGCAAGUAGAAAAUGUUUCUGAAAACGAGAAUUCAGGUAAAAUGGAAGUCCUUUCAAACUUUACAGACGCAAUGCAAGUAGAAGAUAUUUCUGAUGAUGAAAAUUCAGAUAAUGAAAACUCAUUUAAUGAUUGCUUGUCGAUGGAUAUGACAGUGCUGUCCUCCGAAGAUGCUUUGAAAUUUUUCCAACAGUUAGAAAAUGAACCUCAAUGUGACGCAAAAAAUCCAGAGCUUGUAGAAUUAUCUUCCAAUGAGCCUAACUGUGAAUAUAUCCAACCAAAGGUCUGCUCUCGUUGUGGAACCAAUACUAUUGUGACAUCUGAAUUUGCUGUUGAUGUGAAUAAAACGAAUAGUGAACUUUUUUGCAUCCCGUGUUGGGAAACAGCACCAUCGCUUGACCUAGCAAUGAAACAAUGCUCUCCUGAAAAGAGGAAGAUUAAUGGUGUGGGCAGUGAGCCAGAGGAACUGGAGCAAAAUUGUAGUUUGCCAUGUUUGAAACAAGAAGUCUUUGAGACAGUUAUUGCUCCAACUGUGGCACACAGUGCACAUCAAGAAGCAGCCUGUGACAGUCAUUCAUUGCCAGACAAAGCAUCUGAGGUUCAAAGUAGAGAUUUUUCGACAGAAAAACCUAAAAGUGACACUCUGGAAACAUCAACACCAAACAAAGCACCUAAGACUCCAAGUAGAGAAAUUCCAACAGAAAAUGUAAAUAAAGCAACAAAGAUUCAAAGUAGAGGUUUUCCGACAGAAAAGCCAAAAAGUGAUGCUGUGGAAAGAUCAACUCCAAACAAAGCGCCUGAGACUCCAUGUAGAGGUUUUCCAACAGAAAAUGCAAACAAAGCAAAUAAGAUUCAAAGUAGAGAUUUUCUGAAAGAAAAACUAAAAAGUGACGCUGUGGAAAGUUCAAACAAAGCUCCUGAGACUCCAAGUAGAGGUUUUCUGCCAGAAAAGCCAAAAAGUGAUGCUGUGGAAAGAUCAACUCCAAAAAAAGUGUCUGAGACUCCAAGUAGAGGUUUUCCAACAGAAAAUGCAAACAAAGCAACUAAGAUUCAAAGUAGAGAUUUUCUGAAAGAAAAAGUAAAAAGUGAAGCUGUGGAAAGUUUAAACCUAAACAAAACUCCUGAGACUCCAAUUAGAGCUUCUCUGACAGAAAAGCCAAAAAGUGAUGCUGUGGAAAGAUCAACUCCAAACAAAGUGCCUGAGACUCCAAGUAGAGGUUUUCCAACAGAAAAGCCAAACAAAGAACCUAGGAUUCAAAGUAGUGAUUUUCUGACAGAAAAAACUAAAAGUGACGAAGUGGAAAGAUCAACGGCAAACAAAUCCCCCAAGAUCCAACUUAAAGAUUUUCCGACAGAAAAUGAAAACUCAGAGAAAAUCAGCAUUCUCAGAUCACAGCUGCUAAUACAACGCAAAAAAAAUCUUCCAUUAAAAUCCGCAUUACGCAGCAGUGGUGGGGAUGGUUCUAAUGACAGUGUGCUUUUCGCGCCAGAUAUUGUGCUUAAAAAGAGACGCCCAAAAAAGAAAAAUCAAGGCAGCAGCCAUGCUACUGCUGUAUCUCCGAUCAACCUUCCUGUUAGCAAUAAUAAGGACUGCAAUAGUGUGAUUAACCUAAAAGAACCCAGGAGGCAAAAAAGACAAGAUCCGCCUUUACAGGUUGUGAAUGACAAAGCUAUGCAGGACCAUAAAGAAAAAGUGAGUGAAAAAGGGUCCUGUUACUUAAAACCAUAUUUGACCACAACGCUUGACAGAGCAAAAAAGACAUCUAUGAUGCACAGUGAGAAUCUGUCACCAAAGAAAACUGUCAAAAAGAAAGUGAGAUUUGCCUUAUUUGGAACCAAAAGCGAUCACCAGUGUGCCGCACAAGAGCGACGUUUCUCGGCCCCCGCUACUUUAACUGUCUCCAGCGCUUUCCAAGAUUCUAGUAAGCAGUGGUCCCAAAACAAGCAUCCAUGUUUUCCCCAAGGGCAGCGUUUUUCAGCCCCCAGUACCUCAACAGUAUCCAGUGCUUCCAAAGACUAUUCAGAUGUGCUUUCUGCCAAACAAAAAGUACACAACCAGUGGAGCAGCACUUUUAUACCAAAAGUAAAGAAGACCUCUCCUCCCAGGUCUCCUCCCAGGUCACCACAGAAAGUCGAACCACAGAAAGUUGAACCACAGAAAGUCGAACCACAGAAGAAAAAACCCCAAAAACCUCAGGAAGUCUUGAAAUCAAACAUGGUAGCAUUAAAAAAGCAAAUUUUAUACAGAGCCAUGCUAUCCAGCCAAGAGACUGAGCAAAAGCAUACAAAACACUAAAUGGUUCACUUGUGUCUUAUAGAGUUACUUUUAAUAUGUUUACUUAAAGGACAUGUAAUACAUGUUUUUUUUAUAAUUAGCAUUCCUGAUUGUUUUUUUAUGUAUAUAAUGUUUUUUUAACUUUUGAGGGAAAUACAAAAACUUUAUUUUUAUACAAUCGUUAUAUUGUUUGUAAUUUAAUGUGCACCACUGUAUAUGACUGAAUGUUGCUGGAUGACAAAUGACUGUACAUAUUUAAUAUACAUUUUUGUAAUGCAUAUUUUUAUUGUUAUUUUUUGUACUUCUAAAUUGUGUUUACAGUGUAAAAUACAACUUACAUUUUUCUAGAAAUGGUGAAUAAAGAAAAAACUGUAUGCAACAGUGUUGCAAAAUCUUUCUCGAGUCUUUUUAAUUUGACAAAUAACACCUUUUCACACCACAUCACUAUUUUGAAAUAAAUCUGUGCCAAUAUGUCACUCUUCAUCUUUCAUCUUUUUAAGAGUAAACAGGCUCUGUGCUGCCAAGACAUAAGGGGUUUAAUCUAUUAUUGUAACACGGUUGAUUUGGUACACAUUAAUUUACUUGUAUGUUUAGCUGCGUUCUUUAUAAAAAGUAAAUGCAUGUGAUGUUUAAUAGAAAUUCUGUACUGUUCUAGGGAUAAUAC